AUGGACUGCUGCAGUUUACCUCCUCUGGUUUUCCUAAUCAUCUCAACAUUCCCCCUCUACGCGUCGGCAUUCAAAUGCGGGAGUUCUCCGGUGAAAUGCCAGGCCUUGAUCGACCACAUCACCCCGGAAUCCACCACGUUCGUCGAGGUACAAACCCUCUUCGCCGUCAGAAACCUCCGCACCCUUUUGGGCGCCAACAAUCUCCCGCGCUCCACUCCGCCCGAUCAGAAGCUUCCCGCCAAACAGACCCUGAAAAUCCCCUUCCCCUGCCUCUGCCAUAGCGGGGCCGGGAUCUCGAACAAGCGGCCGGUGUACACCGUGAAGCAGGGGGACUACGACGGGCUGAAGGGGAUCGCAGAGAAGGUGUUCUCUGGUGCGGUGACCGACGCCGCGAUCUCCGCCGCGAACGGUAUCUCCGGGAAGGAUCCGGUGAAGGUCGGGCAGAACCUGUCGAUUCCCCUGCCUUGCAGCUGCGACGACGUGGAGGGGAUGAAGGUUGUUCACUAUGGACACCUGGCAGAAUCUUGGAGCUCCCUGGAGGCCAUUGCUGACCGGUAUGGGGUUAGCGUCCCGAUCUUGAUGGAGAUUAAUGGGUUGAAAGAUGGGUCGAGUAUUCGUGGCGGGCAACUCAUCGAUGUCCCAAUUCGAGCUUGUAAUUCGUCGAUAAGAUCCGACUCCAUAGACUCGCAAUUGCUGGUGGCUAAUGGAACAUACGCCUUCACUGCUCACAAUUGCGUCCAAUGCAAAUGUGACUCUGCCAACAACUGGACGUUACAGUGCCAGCCGUCUGGGGUUAGACCAUCGGACUGGUCGACUUGCCCUGCGAUGCAAUGUGGCGAAGGGAACGAUGCCGUAUUACUAGGGAACUCGUCGGCGUCGGCUUGCGGCGGCGCUACCUGCGCCUACGGCGGUUUCUCUUCUAACCAAACCAUUUUCACCACUUUCGACGGCACCUGCUCCGGCUCUCCCUCUCCCGCUCCCGGUUCUGGUUCCUCAAAUGGAGGCGAGAUUGUUCCGAAGAACUCGAACAUGGUUUUGUUGAGUUUGGUUCAUUUGAUAGUACUAUACCUAUUUUGUAUAGGUGGAUGA